GCAACUUCACUAGGCUCAACUUGAAUUUAUCGCGAUAGAACAGCAGCAGCAGUUCAAAAUGGUUUUGGAUUAAGCAAAUUUACACUACGAAGCAGAUAUAGGAGGCUGCAUGCAAAUUGCUUUACGGAUGAGGUUUUACUACACUAAAAGUAGGUGCUACUACGUCAUCUGCUAGGACGCAAAGUAUCUAGUAUUAUUGGGUGUAAAUUGGAAGCGUUAUUAAGCUUACUUGUUUUGCGUUGGUGUUGUCGGUAUAAUAGCGCCUUCUCUACUUUAGUGCCCCGACUGGGCUGAUUUACCAGCCACAGCUUUGAUUAAAAAUAUCAAAGAACAGAUCUUAACUUUUUGACUUCGAUAACAGGUGUUUGUAGAGCAUAAUAAAUACAUUAACAAAAUCCAACUACUCUGGUAAAAACAAUAUAGUCGAGAACCUCUGCCGAUUUACCCCCAACUGACUUGAAGGCAACAUUUUGAGAAAUCCGAGCCGACAUGCGCUCCUUGGAGGCAUCAGCGCAAAGAAUGCCGGAAGUGGUUUUGUCGCGACAGGAAGUUGAUUCUUUAUGAAAGUUGUCUUUUGUUCCACCAGUUGAAUGCCUCUUCUGCCACGUGAUUUAACUUAAAACGCAUCGAGACACCCUAAUUGCUUCCAAACCUGCUCCAAUUCAGUCAUGUCAAGGUAGAAAACGGCUUGUAAAGAACCAAGGUGAACUUAGAGCGGCAACAUGGCCAUCGCCCACGCAGCCACCGAGUACGUGUUCAGCGACUUUCUGCUGAAGGACCCCAACCAGGCUCGAUAUCGCAGUGUCCGCACCGAGCUGGCGGUGGACAAGAUGGUGACGUGCGUGGCGGUGGGCCUCCCCCUCCUCCUCAUCUCACUGGCCUUUGCUCAGGAAGUCUCCGUCGGCACUCAGAUCAGCUGCUUUGCUCCCACCAACUUCUCCUGGCGACAGGCAGCGUACGUCGACUCGUACUGCUGGGCCUCCGUGCACACGCACACGCUUCCCCUGUGGCUGCACAAGUUCUUCCCGUACAUCCUUCUGCUGGUGGCAAUGCUGACGUACACGCCGGCCUUGUUCUGGAGAUUUUCUUCAGCGCCGCUCCUGCAGUCGGAUCUGGGCUUCAUCAUGGAGGAGUUGGACCGCUGUUACAAUCGCGCAGUCACCCUGGCGAAGCGGAUGACCACCUCGGGAGUGCAGAGUACAGACAGUGACCCCACUGAGGGCUGCUUCAACUACCCGCUGGUGGAGAAGUUCCUGAUGACCAAGCGGUGCUCGCGGGUGCUGCUGCUUCGUUACCUGCUGUGCCGCAUCCUGACGCUGGUCACGCUGCUGUGCGCCUGCCUCUACCUGGCCUACUACCUCCGCCUGGCGUCUCUCACCGACGACUUUGGCUGCACGCUGAGAGUGGGCCUGCUUGCCAACGACUCUGCUGUCCCCGACAAGGUGCAGUGUAAGCUCAUCGCUGUGGGAGUCUUCACGCUACUCAGCCUCGUCAACUUGAUUGUCUUUGCCGCGCUGAUCCCCGUGGUGUUCUACGCCAGCCUCCGCCCCCUCCUCUGUCAUGGGUAUGCACACUUCCUGGAAACCUACCAAUCACUGCCCACAGUGAGCGUCCUGCCCAACCCCAGCGGCCAGUGGGACGACCUUUCUCUGUAUGUGCUCUUCCUGGAGGAGAACAUUAGUGAGCUCAAGUCCUACAAGUACAUGAAGGUGCUGGAGCUGCUGAAGAAAGGAGGGGAAUGCUUUGGGGAGGACUUUGACGCCAUGGGUUUGCUGCAGACGCUCUGUCUGGUCAAGAUGGACUCCGUCGAUAAUAGAAAAGCCCCCGAAGCCAUGGCCAAACCCGAUCAGCUUGUCAUGGAUGCAGAAGAGUUGUCCAAGAACAACUUUACGAGCCCCAGCUCAGGCGCUGACAGCAGGAUGGAAACUGAAAUGAAAGAGUUCACUCCCCUGCUGCCAGGCAAUGGCGACGUGACGGGCAGCAAAACAAACAGCGAGGGCGGGGCUCUGCGGCAGCGAGCUAUGUGAUAGGGCGCUGGUGUCUUAGAGGAAGUGGAGUCCACUGUACAUCUGCGUGCACCAGAUGCAGACGUCUGUCAUCAGCUAAUUUGCAUGUUUCUGUACAUUGUUUCUGUGAGUGUGUGUGUGUGUGUGUUGAAGUCAAUGUAGUGUUUACAUUAGGAAAUACCACUGCCCUCCUUCCACUAAGACCCCAAAACUGUGAUCAUGUGACUACUUCUACCAUCCACAACCAUUAAUGAUCACAGUGAUGGUCAUAUCAAAGGUGACAUGAUGUAUUUACAAUAUUUGUGCUCUUUUUGACUUUAUGAGAUUAUUAAGCACCUUUCUAGACAACAUCCAAGAUGUGUCUCAUUAUAAUAAUAUUUUUACCCUGGGAACGUACUGGAAGUUUGUUUUCGUUGUGUGCAACCAACAGUAAUAAUUCACAAUGACUGUACGGGAUCGAUGACACAGACUCAUUGAUGUGAAUGUUUGAAUAAUACUGGAAUGAAACAUGUCAUGAUGCUCUAAAACUAGUAGUGGCAUCUUAUCAA